AUGGCAGCCGAUAACGAGGAGGAAGAAAAGGACGAUACGAUGGAGGAGGCGGAUGAUGCGCAGGAGGAGGAAGAAGAUGGGGGGCCUGCGGCGGUAGUCGCUAUAGAGGAGAUGGGCUCAUGGGAGCCACGUGGGGCGAAACCGCCAAGGUAUGGCAAGCACCUAUUCCGCUCGCCUAAAACGUCAAUUAACAGUACUUUGUUGGAGGAAAAGACCGCAAAAUGGGCGACUGAACAAUUAAAACAGAUCAAUGAGCAUGCAACCCAGCUAUGA